AUUAUGUUUGAAGGCAUGUAAAAUUGCAUGCCUGUAUGACAUUUAAAUUGAAUAUCUUCAAAAUUAUUCAAUCUUCCCCUCCCCCCUCAAGAAAACAUAGACCUUUCUUAGGAAAAAAUAUGGUUUCCUGCUGUUAUUUUGAAAUUCCUACAUUUUUAAAAUAAUAGAAGUGUAUGACGACGUAAAAAAACAAGGCAUUAUUUUAAUGAUUCUUAUUUGUCGGAAAAACGUUAUAGAAGUUAAAGUUGUUGAAAUACUUGUCGGAGAUUGGUGAAUUAUCCAUAAGAGAGUCAAGAGAAAGUAAGUCCACUUCCUAAAGUGAUAACCAUGCAGACUGAAACAAUUGGAUGGUAUUGGAGGACUUCUUUGCGCUUUUAAUUACAAACACUGUUAUGACAAAUUAAUGAGGAAUUACGUUGAAGAAAAGAAAAAUUGAACGACUGUCUAGCAUGAUUUGGGUAUAACACUACGAUAUGCCUAGUAAGCGGUCUCGCGGUAAGCUGACCCUGUUUUGCUGUAAAGAUGAAAAUUAUUACGCGUUGACUUGUUGCCACGUUGGUUAUGCACCUCAUAUGAGAUUUAAUGAUGACCUUCUUGCGAUUCAAGAAGAAAUUAGUAAAAACAAAGAAAGCAUUCAGCGUUUACUAAAUGAAAAUAAAUAUACUUUCUCGGAUGAUGACGACAGCCUGGUUGGUCAUUUUUUUGACUUCUCUUAUAAUCCUGAAAUUGAUAUCAUGUCUAUCUCUGUUGGCAAUAAAGAGGAUUUUCAGAAGCUUGCUGGUGAUGAAUUGGAAGAUGUUGAUUCAAAUUUUGAUGAUGUAUUUAGCGAAAUUCACAAAAGGCUAAGCCAAGAGGAAUCUGUGAAAGUUCGCACAGCCACUGGUACUGAGGGCUACUUGUGUGACCUUAUGUAUUCAGUUUUUGUAAAAAAACAUGUGAUUUUCCGUGAUGUUAUCAUGAUAAAAAGUGAUGAGUCAUUUCUUAAGGAUGGUGACGCUGGUCUUCUUGUUUAUUUUUUGGAUGAAAAAAACAAUUGGCAACCGUUUGCGUAUGGAAUUGCAGAAUUAACUAAAAAUCACGGAGAGACCAGAGAGACAUAUUAUAUCUGCUUGAGAUUAAACAUUGCCUUAAAAGCACUCGGCCUUCAGGGUGGUCAGUUUUUUAAACCGAGGAACAAUGGUGACACUCUAUCCGUUAGUGAUAAACGCAUUGACGACGUCACUGCAUUGAACAAAACCAACCGUGACGACAAUGGUUGCACUGACUCGUACAAAGAGAAAGCUGACGAGAGAGAAUAUCAGGAACAUGAAGAAGCGACAUACACUUAUUCAAGCCAACUUGAAAUCGCUGAGAAAACGGACAACAAAAUGCUCAGUCUGAAGCUUUUAGUCCAGAUGCACACCAAUGAAUAUCACAAAUUUGUUGGGAAGUCGCAAAAAUGGAAUUGCGUUGACAAAUCAGUGAUGCAUCGCAAAAAGUUUGAAAUGAUGCAAAAACAUUGGCUUGAACAUCCAAGUGAUAUUAGAAUUAAAGGCGAUGUACGUGUGAUUUUCAUGGACGAGUUCUUGAUUGGCGAAGGAAGUGGUGGAACCUGUGUUUAUCUUGGUUUGGGAAAGGAUGGAUAUGGAAAAGCUGUAAAAAAAAUCCCUAAAAAGAGCUGUCUCCAUCUUGCUCUACGAGAAAAGAAUGUUUUGCAUGAGCCAAACUCAAAGAAGUCGAAGCAUGUUGUAAAGUAUUGGAACUAUGUAGAAGAAGAAGGAGAAGAUUUUGUCUAUUUGAUAUUAGACUUGUGCGAACAAACUUUGAAAAGCUUUGUUAAGUCCACUAGUUUAAAUAAACUUCAAGAAGCCCUUCCCGAAAUCCUUAAACAAAUUUUAAAUGGGUUAUCUGAUCUUCAUAGUGGCCCAAGUUCUAUUCUUCAUCGGGAUUUAAAGCCUUCUAAUGUUCUUCAAGACGUGGAAGGCAAAUUUAUGAUAGCUGACUUUGGCAUUAGUCGAAUAAUGAAAAGUGGCGAUAGAUCAACAUAUCAAAGCAGUCCUGGUACAGGAACUUAUGGUUGGUCCGCUCCUGAAUCCUUGAGUGAAGGUCGUUACAAUAAACAGUCUGAUAUAAUGAGUGCAGGAAUGGUGGCUUAUUAUGUUGCAACAAAAGAGGAACAUGCUUUUGGAACUAAAGAGAAUAGAUUGAAGAACUUGUUAAAUGGAAACCCUGUUGGCUUGAAGGAAAUCAAUGAUGUUCAACUUGAAGAUCUUCUUUCAUGGAUGCUACAGGAUGAACCUAAACUCAGGCCAUCAGCCAACGAGGCGUUAAAACAUCCUUAUCUACGAUCCGAUAAGGAAAAGUUUGACAUGCUGUGUGAUGUUGGAAACCAACCGGAGAUAAAACAACCAAUAUGUCGAAAUUCAGAUGUUCGUAAGCAGUUGGACUGUCCCACAGAAUGGAUGAAUUGUAUCGAUGAUGAAGUUUUGAAAGAUUUAAAAACAUUUCAAGUAAAAAACAAAGAAAGAACUAUAACCUACGAGUCUUCAUGGGCAAGCUGUUUGAGAUUUAUACGUAACGUUGAUCAGCACUGGCAUGAUAAACUUCGUCCAGGCCUAUUGUCAUAUAUCAAGGAAGGCAACUAUAAAGAGUAUUUGAUGAAACGUUUUCCCGAACUUCCUAUACUGGUGCACAAAAUUAUUAGAUCGACUGACUGGAAAACAAGACCUAAAUUGGAAGAACAUUUUACCUGAAACAUAAAUCCUGUGAAAAUUGAAGGAAGUCAAUGGAAA